CACCACCCUUGACCGAGGAGGGAGGCACAACACAACCCAACAACAACCGGCCUUGGGUGUUGGCGAUUCCCACACAUCUUGCCCAACCACACAUGUGCCAUGGGGCUCCUCUUGUAAUUGCUGUAUACCCAACCACCACUUCCUCCAAAGACCCUCUUAACCAAACAAACAAGCAAGGCGCAGCAACCGCAGCACACCGAUCCCCAUUUCAUUCCAUUCCAUUCCAUUCCAUUCCCCAAAGAAAUCAGACGAUGAAGAGGGAGGGAUUCCAGCACGGCGCCGUCAGGGUCCACCGCAACAAGCUGCUGCGGAUCGCCGACGGCGACGCGGCCAGGGCGGUGGGCGCGUACGCCAGGGCGCCCUCCAAGCCGACCAACGCGUCCAGGAGCACGGGCAAGUGCCGCCGGCCGCGCUGCGGCGGGUGCCACGAGCACCCGGUCACCAAGGCCCGGGACAAGGCAAAGGGCGCGCACAAGCUGCGCGCCAGCGACGUCGCGCUCAACCACCGCCUCGUCUCCUGGCGCGUCGUCGACGGCGCCGGGUCCUGUGCGGCCGGCACGGGCAUACCGGACUACAAGGGCGCGUCGGCGUCGGCCGUGCUUUCCUACCUGGCCGGAGGCAACAGCUGGCACGAGGAGGACGACGAGGACGGCGCCGAUCUCGAAUCCACCCCGCGGGGGCUCUCCGACCUGUACGACCUCAUCGUCGGCCUCCAGGCCGACGCCCCUGCGCCCGGCGGCAAAGAAGCCGACUUUGUGGCGCCUGCCAAUAACAUAGCUGUAGGAGACAUUAAUGAUGCAAUUGAGGAGCAGGAUGCCGAUGGGGAUGCCGACGAGGAGGACGACAUGGGGUUCUGCAUGGUGGGCAUCACCAUCGCGCUGGAGUUCUCCGACGGGGAGGAGGACUGGAUUGUGGUGGAGGAGAUCCCAUCGACCUGAUCUCAUCUCAUUCAAUUUGCAAAUAAUAAGAAGAGGUCAGCCAUAUCCCUGUGUUGUAUAAUUCCCAUGUGCAGGUGGUGUGUACAUACUGUUCCUCUGUUAAUUGUGUCCUUGUGUAUAUGUCAGUGUAUCAUCUAAUUGUCUUCCCCCAUGGAUUAUGCAUGAUUCGAACAUGAAUUUAUCAUUUGUGAAUAAAAUGGAGAAGGGAUUCUUCUUCAGAUCUUGCUUC